AUGUCAAGUGCGGACGAAAUUAGAGCUAAGAGAUUGGCAAAACUCGCCGGAUCUAGUAGACCAAAUACCCCUCAACAACUGCAGCAACCACAACCACAACCACAACCACAACUGCAACUGCAACUGCAACUGCAGCUGGCUACAACUAGAGAGACUAAUAGCACACCAUCGAAUCGAAACACACCCACUCCUGCUUCCACCACAAAUACUGAUGGUGUUUCCGAAAAAUCGGCCGCGAUUGCCACCCACAACAAUAUUGCAUCGCCACCUGCAUCCAUAAAACCAACCCAAUCCAAAGAAGACCAUUUAGCUCAAUGGUUACUGAGCGAAUUAAAGCACAUCUUCAAAGUCACCCUAGAUUCUAGCCAAAACUCAACUAACUUGGUAUUUUUACCCAAUUUGGCCCACGAAUUGCAAAAUUCCAAUGACAAACUCAAUGAAAAUUACUUGGACUCGAUUUUCAUGGAGACAUUGUCCGAGACUGGUGUUCCAGGAAAGAGACCCAUCGCAUACUUGUACUCAGUUUACCAUGCUGCUUACAAAGUUCGAAGGUCACUUCCAAUAAAAACAGUCUUUCAUGAUGAAAAAGUGGCGUUGUUGAGUCAGAUUGUUAAUUUAUCAGUGAGGUAUGGCAACAUGGGCUUACAGAUCCCUGACAUGUUUCUUUCAAGCAACGUCGAACAAGCUUUAAACACACUAGUUGAUCGUUUUGCCGACAUGUCAUCAUUCUUGGUCGAUAUUGUCAAAGUAAGCUACGAAGAGGACACUUUAUUGGAACUUUUGAAUUUAAUAUUACCAUUCAUGAGUCUGAGAUUAAAGGGCAUCACUUUUAAAGAUCAAAGAUACUUGAAUUACUUGUCGGUUAUUGAAACACUUGUAUCAGUGAAGCCAGUCGCUGCCAUUUUUUCACAAAUUGCUGGAUUUCAACCACCUUCAAAAGAGCUGGGUUUGGAUUUUGAACUCAAGUCUUUAUUGGGUCCGAUUUUGCGAGUAUCGCCACUCAUUGAUACUGCGGGACCUUAUUUUGGAGAAGAGGUGAGUAAAAUGUCCCCCAUACAAAUCCAUAGCGCAUAUGAAUCCCUUCAAAAUGAGUACAAGGUUGCAUUAGACCGAUUGUUUGUAAUUGUUGAUAAAUUAAUUCGUGGAUCCACAGAGACCAGGACCGAUGUUAUUCAAUGGUUGGCUGAAUUAGUCAACAAGAGUCACUUGAGAAGAGGUAGUCACGUUGAUUUCCAAACAGUGGCAAGCGAUGGAUUGAUGUUCAAUAUAACCGUCAUUUUGAUCAAGUUGAGCAUGCCAUUUUUGGAUUACCCAGCGUAUGGUAAAAUCGACAAGAUUGACGUGGAGUACUUUACAAAGAGCAGCUUGUUGGAUAUCAAAGAGGAGUCUCGAGUUAAUUCAACUAUUGAAGAGGCAACAACUUAUGGUCAGUCGAGACGCGAAGAACUUGGCACGGAUGUGACGAAUUUCAUUUCUGAUUGUUUCAACUUGACUUUGGCUUAUUUGCACUAUGGUGUUGGUGGUAUUUUCAUCAAAUUUGAUAGAAUGAAACGUACUAUUGACCAGGCUGAGAGUCAAAUUGCUGCAAUAGAGGCAGGUCGUGCUGGAGUAGCUCCAGGAAUGCAAGAACGUAUGAGAGCACAAUUGCCCAUCAUGCACAGCAGGGUCAAUGCAUUGAAAUCACUGCAGCAUGCAAUCAACGCCGUGUUUAGUUACAGAGAUUUGCAAUUGGAAAUAUUUGAUUUUGUAAUUGGUGCAACUGUGUUUAUAACCAGAUUGAUUGACCCAAACCAUUCUUAUCCACAAAAGAAGUUGAAGAUCCCCAUUUUCAAGAUUUCCAAAGUUUCGGAUUUGGACGAUCAUGAUUUUUUGAAAACCAAGACUCCGAUUCCUUGGAAGUACUACCCUGAAUUUUUAUUGGAGGGCAUUAUCAACUAUACCAAGUUUUCAGCCAAUUUCAGAGGAUGUCCACUCGUUUUGAAUGAGGAUAAAUUGAACUUGUUUGUUGAGUUUGUUACUAUAUUAUUGAGAUGUCCAGAGCUUAUCGGUAAUCCACACAUGAAGGCAAAUAUUGUUGAAAUUUUGUACAUUGGAUCGCUCCCUAGACAAGAUGGCCACCCGGGCUUUAUGGUUUCCAUCUUUGAUAGAAACGAGUUGGUUACACACAACUUGUUGUACUCAUUGCUUGAUUUUUAUGUGAUGGUUGAAAAAACUGGUGCAUCAUCUCAGUUUUACGACAAAUUCAACAGUCGUUACUAUAUUUCAGUAAUUCUUGAAGAGUUGUGGAAGAUCCCUCAAUAUCGAUUGCAAUUGAAGGAUUAUUCUGAAAACAAUGUCGAUUUUUUCAUUCGGUUUAUUGCUAGAAUGUUGAAUGAUACCACAUAUCUUUUGGAUGAGACUUUCAACUUGUUAAACUCGAUUCAUGACUACCAAGUUGAAGUGAAACGCCGUCAAACUGGUAAUGAACCAAACGAAGAAAUGGGUAAUGACGAAACGUUGAAUAGCAAUUUGGAAGGAGACGAAAGAAGAGUGAAAUCUCUCAUUGCUCUUUCGAAUGAGACAAUGGAGUUGUUCAAGUUGUUUACAAAAGAAGUACCUCAAGGGUUUGUGUUGCCGGAGAUAGUUGAUAGGUUGGCGGGUAUGUUGGAUUACAACUUGUCGGUAUUGGUUGGUCCUAAAUGCUCCAACUUGAAAGUUGCAGAACCGGAAAAGUACAAGUUUGAACCUAAAAAGAUACUUAGUGACAUUUGUGAAGUUUAUGUCAAUCUUUCGUUACAAAAGGGGUUUGUCAUUGCAGUUUCAAGAGAUGGCAGAUCGUUCAACGUUGCUUACUUUAAGAAAGCUGAGGAUAUUUUAACCAAGAGGACAUUUGUUGAUAAUAGAAUCAUAAACCUGUUGGCAAUUUUUGCCGCAAAAGCAGAGGAGAAUAGAUUAGUUGAAGAGAGUGAAGAGUUGGAGUUGGGUGAUGUGCCAGAUGAAUUUUUGGAUCCAUUAAUGUUUACCGUGAUGGAAGAUCCCGUUGUUUUACCAUCUUCCAAAAUCAGUAUUGAUAGAUCAACCAUCAAGGCCCAUUUAUUGAGUGAUGCCACCGACCCAUUCAACCGAGUGCCAUUGAAGUUGGAGGAUGUUCAAGAUGAUGUUGAGUUGAAGGCCAAGAUAUCCGCCUUUAAGCUUCAAAAGAAACAAGAGAAGCAGCAUGAACAAGGAGAUGAUGUAGUUAUGUCAGACUAG